AGUACAGAACUCAGAUUACCUAUCAGCAUUCCAUGGAAUAUUUAAGUACCUAGAAGAUAACACUAUCUUCAAGGACAAAGCAGGUAUGUGGCAGUGUAUUGUGGCCGUAUCAGACAAGGUGUUUGACAAACUACUGGACACCCUGGAAGAACGGCCCAAGACAGUAGCCAGAGGGGAGGAGCUCGAACAUCACGCCCAGUUCCUCAUGGUCAAAUUUAACCACAUCCAUCGUCGGAUCAGGAGGGUAGCCGACAAGUACCUGGCUGGCCUCAUCGAUAGGUUUCCUCACCUGUUCUGGAGCGGUACUAUGCUGAAAAGUAUGUUGGAUGUAUUACAGCUCCUGUCAAAGGCACUGGAGAUGGACCCUAACCAGGAUGCCCCAGAAUUCCAGGUGCCCAACUCGCCCUUCCACCUGAGAGUCCCAGACAACCUGACAGACAGGGAGACACUGGUCAAGGAUUUCGCCCUGCGCUGUCAGUCCAUCCUGCAGGAGUCGAUGAAAUGGGCACCCAACACGACACGCUCACACAUGAUUGAGUAUCUACUGAGGAUGGAGAACACGUCCCAGGGUUUACUAACACAUAGCGGACUGGCACUAGCGACGGAGAGUGUCCUCAACUACGCGGGCUACAACAAGUCUGCUGCUCCCUUGGGG